CACUCUUUCUCUAAGCUCUUCGUCCUCUAUCCGUUUACUGUUCUCCUUGGACCCUUGAGGACCUGGUGCCACAACAUGUUUUUCCGUCUGUUGGUGCUGCUCCUGCUGUACAUCUCCACGGGCUUGGCUGCCACGCUCAUCCAGGCCUCUGUUGAAGGGACUGCAGCUGAUGGGUCUGUUUUGCCCAGAGCUGAGGCUGAUGAGGCCCCAGUUAAUAACCCAGCUGCUGGAGACUUCCAGGCCGAAGACAUUCUCUUGGCAGAUGCCCAUGUGGAGGAAAAACCUGCAGAGACUCAAGAAUCAGAAGAUGAUUCUGACUGGGGCUUCACCUCUAUCAGGGGGGGCUUUCAGUCAAUGAAUGGCUAUUUUGACUCCAUACUAGAACUGAUGGGAGGCAAGGAUGGUGUGUGUCAAUACCGCUGUAGAUAUGGUAAAGCUCCUCAGCCUCGCCCUGGCUAUCAGAUGCCUGAACCUGAUGGUUGUAGCACUACGCUGCUUGGCUUCCAGGUACCGGACAGUUUUGAUAUGGGUGUCCCCGCCAUGACCAAAUGCUGUAACCAGCUUGACGUUUGCUAUGACACCUGUGGCUCAAACAAGUACCGCUGUGACACCAAGUUCCGCUGGUGCCUCCACAGCAUCUGUACCGACCUCAAGAAGAGUCUGGGUUUUAUGUCAAAGGUUGAAGCAUGUGAAACGUUUGCUGAUACCAUGUAUAACACCGUGUGGACUUUGGGCUGCAGGCCCUUCAUGAACAGCCAGAGGGCAGCAUGCUAUUGUGAAGGAGAAGAGAAGGAUGAGCUGUGAAGACCUUCCUGUAAACCACUAAAACACACCAUCUUCAACACCUACCAACACUAUACAUGUUUUAAAGGACUCCACACAGGGGGGCAGUAUUAGGGUGAAUCUCACUAAACCUCAGUUGAGUUCUUUUCUACAGAUACUCAUUACUGUAGGCUAAUACAGUACCUUUUCCUACUGUAAAAAAGAAUAAUAUAAUUGAUAAAUUAAUAAAAAUAGUAAUUUGAUUUUGAAUUUAUAUCCACAUAAAUUAAAGGCAGUACAGCAAAUACUAGUAUGAUGUUUAAAUUAUUUAUGUAAAUAUAACUUACAAUAAUGAGAAUGAGAUUUUGCUUUUUUAAUUAUUUAAAAAAGAAUGAGGGGAUGGGUGCUUAAUUGUUUAAUUGCUUAAAUGUGCACUCAGUAAUUUUUUCCUCAUUAAAAAAGUUUAACUCCUAAAGACAUGAAUUGUAAGUUUGCAAUAUAUGCAGGAAAUCAUGAACAUUAAAAUGAAGACUCUGGUCAUAUCAGUAACCUUAUAAAAGCUGUUUUAUUCUACAUGGAGAGGAUCCGCACAUGGGGGCGGCCAUGUUAAAAUCACAUGACCAGCCGAACACUACUCGCUUAAUCUCAGUAACCGUCCUGUUAUUUGACACUUUCACUCAUUGAUUAAAGUAAUCAUGGCUGACUGUGAAUAUUAAAUUUCUACAGUGACAUCUGAAACUGAAAAAUAUUGAUUUUAAAUUAUGCUGCAUCCAAGCCGCUAGGUGUCAGUGUAAAGAAACACUACACUACACACUACACUUUGCACUCCAUUCACUCCCAUUCAAAGGCAUCCGAGUGCAGCAGCCCGGAAACACAAGCUCACCUGAAGAAAUUUCAUACUAUGCUGCGUACCAAAGUUCAAGCUUGGUGAACUCUAAACCGUGAAUUCAUACGACAAGUGGACACGUGACCAAUAGGAGAUCGAAACGUCACACGCUGACCUCUUGGCUCAAUUCAAAGGAUCCACAUUUUAAAGAUGCGAGAGUGAGUAGGCAGUGUAUUUUAACAAUUUUAAUACAAUUGUAUUUGUUAUUUAUUAUUUGUUACUUACACCAGAAGCCCUCCUGUGUGACAUCAUAUCCUGGUUCGUACCAUUGUCCAAAAAAAAUAGAUUGACCGCCCUUUCAGUCCAAGAUGACACAAAGACUAAAUUUACUGAAUGCACCUUUUAUAUUAUUGUCACAAUGCAUUCAAUUUUAAUGGUCCUUAAAAAGGUUUAAUUUUCUUUAAAAAAAAAAGAAGAAAAAAAAAGAAAUAUAUAUAUAUAUAUAUAUAUAUAUAUAUAUAUAUAUAUAUAUAUAUAUAUAUAUAUAUAUAUAUAUAUAUAUAUAUAUAUAUACAGUAUAUAAUUGAUUAUAUUUUUCUUUCUGUUGAUUUUGGGGUCAAAUAUGCCCUGCACAUGUUCCUGGCAGGUUUUGUGAGAUUCACUUUUUAAUCCUUGAACUGGUGCUAGUUGAUCCAUUUUAGUAAAUAAAAAAAUAA